UUGAAAAAGGAAAUAAAGCUUUAAAAAGAUAUAACGAUAACAAUAUUAAACGAGAACUGAGUUCUCCGUGGAGUUUUCACCCUUUGCUGGGUGAUGAAAAGAGCCGCCCAGCCUCAAGAGGGAGGAUGAAGGCAAAACGCCGCUGCCCCGAUUCCGAGGGCGGCUCCGCUUCUUUCGCUGCGGGCCGGGCGGGGCCGGGACUGGAGGAUUUCCCCAAAUGCCCGCUGGCCGCGAUGGGCUCCGCUCCGUCCCGCUCCCUGCUGCUGUCCCUGCUGUCGCUGUUGCCCGCGGUGUGCGGUGACUGUGGGCCGCUGCCCAAGCUCAGCAGGGCAGAACCCCCCGAGGACGUCCGGCACAAGGACAGCUUCCCUGUGGGCUCCCAAGUAACGUACAGAUGCCUCCAGAAUUUAUCGAAAAUCCCAUCGCGGUUGGAUACAAUAAAAUGCCUUAGUAACUCCCUAUGGUCCAACCUGCAGGAGUUCUGCGACCGCAGCUGCCAGAGCCCUCCCCACGUGGCUUUUGCCAAACUAUCAGAAGAAGAUGAGAUGAAGAAUUUUUAUGCUGUUGGGAUCACUGUGAGCUACGACUGCAGCCCAGGCUAUGAGAACAGCACUGCUGAACUCCCCAGCAGCACCUGCCGUGAGAAUUCAACAUGGUCAGAAGUUCCUGAGCUGUGUCACAAGCAGUCUUGUGGUCCUCCGACAAAGCCAGAACACGGCACAGUUGAGGUAACAGAUUACCACUUCCUUGCAAGUGCCAAGGUGGUUUGUGAUGAAGGGUACACACUGUCAUCAAGGGAGUCUUUCAUCUAUUGUUUCAUUUGGGGACAUGGGGUUGCCUGGACUCCGCUUCCAACGUGUCAGGCUUCUCCCUCUGCAACUGGCACUACAGCAGUGACAAACUCAACCCCUCAUUUGGAAGAGAAGGCGUCGGAGAGCCGCUACAUCCUACCACUUGUCCUCAUCCCUUGUGUCACUGGAGCUGCUGUGCUCAUCGCUUGGAGCAUCAAGAAGUGCAGUGAGAGGAAAAAGACUGGGUCUUACAAGCCAAAUCCUGCAGAUGAAGAGCAGAACCUACAACACAGAGCGCAGAGCUGAUGGGUGUGCAAGGGGCAGCUGCAGGCGAUCCCUAAAAGCACCAGGAUUUUUGCAAUGGAGAAACUCUCUGUCAAGAGGCAGAAGGUUCAAACUUAUUCGUUUUCAGCUCCCUCUCCCUUUCUAUAACAUUUUACUUUAUUUUUAGUGCCAGUAGAACAUUUUCCCAGUUCUUAAACUGAGACUUUUAACGUUCAGUAAUCAUUUCUUUCCACCAGGAGAAUGAUCCCAUGUAGAACACUGCGUUUGCACAUCCUUGUGAGAUCUCUGUACUGUGUGUUUUAAUCACUGUUUUGCUAAGACUCAUUUAGUAGCUUGCAGAUAAAAGUUUGAAAACUACAGUAUUUACAGCAAAACUGUUAUAUUUUUCAAUGAAAGGGCUACGAAAUAAGCAACGCCAUCAUACAGCCCGGCUGCUCUGUCACAUUUGCGAUGGGAAAAAUCUCUCGCAUCGCUCCGGUGCUUCCGCAGUCGCGUCCUCAGGCCGAGGCAAUCGGUCUCCAGGCGGGUGGC